AUUGUUUUGGCUGCCAAACCAAAUCAUACAUACCAAGUUUCUUCUUCAAUAUCUUUGUUUUGUUCCAAGUCUUUCUUUUCCAAAUGGUGAAACUGUGUUUCCAUGUUUCUUCCAUCUCUCAUUUCCUCUGUUGUGUCUUCGUCUCCAGCUUCUUUGUCAAGACUCUUGUUUGUCAACCAUUUCCUCGUCCAGACCAAAUUGAGAUCCUUUUGGCUUUUAAGAACGAGUUUCCAAUCCUCAAAUGCGACUUCAGAAAGUGGUCGGAUUCAAAACAAAAGACGAAAUCUUGGACUAGCAAAGACGUUAAAUCAUUUGAUGGGGUUGUAUUUGAUAACGACACUGGUGUAGUGACGAAACUUGACCUACUUGGUGCAUGUCUCAGUGGCACUCUCAGAGCCAAUAGUAGCCUUUUCAGAUUCCACCACCUCAGGUACCUUGAUCUCUCUUACAACUACUUUGACUCGUUCUCAUUCCUCCCUGAACUUAGCAAACUCACAAACUUAGAGGUGAUCUUUCUUAUAUGGGCUUAGCCGGUGAAAUCUCAUCCUCAUUCAGUAGCCUAAACCGUCUAACGCACUUGACCCUUUGCGGUAACGAGCUUAUCGGUAGCUUUUCCCCUCUAUUCAAUCUAUCAAGGCUCUCUUUUUUAUCUCUUUUCGAUAAUCACUUUUCUGGAAACAUUCAUUGUUCUCUACUCACCAUGCCUUUUCUGUCAAGUCUUGAUUUGAGCCAUAACCAUCUCACCGACUCUCUUGAAAUUAUGAAUUGCUCUUCAUCAUCUAAGCUUCAAUUGUUAGAUCUUAGCAAUAACCGUCUCAGUGGUCGAAUCUUAAAGCCUAUCUCAAAAUUAACCAACCUCAAGGAACUUCACCUAACUUCUCAGAACACAACCGACCCAAUCAACUUUGUCUCCUUGGGCUUCAAGUCUUUUAGAGUUAUUGGAUCUUUCUGGAAGUAGUAUAUCAAGGCUUGAUAUCGGAUCAACAAAUUUGAUCACACUAGGCUUGACGAAUUGCAGCAUCAACGAAUUCCCCACAUUUAUUAAGAACCUACAGAAGCUACAUGUUUUUGUACAUGGCAAACAACAUGCUGAAAGGAGAAGUGCCUAAAUGGUUAUGGAGUAUCGCCAAUAGUGGUUCUCAAUUCGUCACUUAUUUCAUUAGAUCUGAGGUCAAACGAUUUUCGAGGAUCUCUUCCUAUUAUUUCACCAGGAUUGGCGUUCAUGCUUGCAUCAAAUAAAGCUACAUAGGUGUCAUUGAUCUAGCCCACAACAAUUUCAGUGGUUCAGUUCCCCGGUGCUUGAUUAAUUCAACCGUAGAAUAUCUGGAUCUCCGAAACAACAAUCUCAUUGGGAAACUGCCCGACAUAUUCGACACAAGAAGCUCACUAAUAAGAAUCCUUGAUGUUAGCCACAAUCAAAUAGCUGGGAAGCUUCCAAUGUCUCUUACAAAUUGCACAAACCUAGAGGUUAUAAAUGUGGAGAGCAAUAGAAUCGUUGACCUCUUUCCGUUUUGGUUGAAGGAUCUACCGAAACUAAAAGUUGUUGUCCUCCGGUCAAACAUGUUCCAUGGUCCUAUCUAUUCCCAUCAACAUCCUCUAUCAUUUCCACAACUGCGGAUGGUUGACAUAUCACGUAACAAAUUCACCGGAAGACUACCACAUGAUUACUUUGUAACCUGGAGCACACCCCAUGAAUCCAUGAUCGGUACUCCUCGAGAAGCAAGAGAGCCACUGUACAUAGGAGAUGACUACUCAUAUAGGAAAGAUUCCAGAAUCUAUUACAAUGAUUUCACCGGUCAUAUUCCAUCCUCUUGGGCUAAUCUCACUAGGCUCGAGUCACUAGACCUAUCUGGGAACCAACUUUCUGGAAAAAUCCCGCAUGAGCUGGCAUCCCUUUCGUUCUUGGAGUACAUUAACGUUUCACAUAACAAACUCUCGGGCCAAAUACCACAGUCCACACAGCUUGGAGGACAGCCUAAAUCAUCUUUUGAAGGGAAUCUCAAUCUUUGUGGUCUUCCUCUUCAAGAGAGUUGCUUCAGAUACCACACACCAUCAGCACCAGAGGAACACCACCUAAAACCUCCAAAGAGAGAACAAGUGUUGAAUUGGAAAGCCGUGGCAAUGGGAUAUGGCCCUGGAGUCUUGUUUGGACUGGUCAUUGGACAAGUCCUUUAUUCAUACAAACCGGUGUUGUUCUACAAGUUGUUUCGCCUUUGAAAUGAAGUAUUAGCAAUAAGGGUUUUGUAUGUCUUGAGUGAUAUCGUUAAGUUAUAUUCUCAUGAAAUGAAAGUUAGCCGUGAGAGUAAACGUACGUGGGUUUUUAUUUUCUUUCUUCCCAUUUCAUGUUAUAUUUUACUCAUGUCUUGAUGCUUCAUCCGUAUUUGAAUAAAAUUCGUACUCAAUUUUCCUAAGACAAACAUGACAA